CACCUUGAGGUUGCAGUUGCUGAAGCCGGUACAGGAGAGACGACUUUCUGCGGGAACGGUUGAGUCUCCUGUGCCUGGUGGAGGUUAAGAAUCAACGGAGCCAUGUCUCGCCAACACAGUGAAGCCGGAACAGCUUUCAUUCAGACCCAGCAACUGCAUGCUGCCAUGGCAGACACUUUUCUGGAACAUAUGUGUCGCCUGGACAUCGACUCUGAACCCAUCACGGCCCGCAACACUGGCAUCAUUUGCACCAUUGGCCCGGCCUCCCGCUCAGUGGAAAUGCUGAAAGAAAUGAUUAAAUCUGGAAUGAACGUGGCUCGUCUGAACUUUUCUCAUGGGACUCAUGAGUACCACGCAGACACAAUCAAGAAUGUGCGUGAAGCCACGGAGAGCUUUGCUAAUGACCCAAUCCUCUACAGGCCGGUGGCUGUGGCACUGGACACUAAGGGACCCGAGAUCCGUACUGGACUUAUCAAGGGAAGUGGCACUGCAGAAGUAGAGCUGAAGAAGGGUGCCACCCUCAAAAUCACCCUCGACAAUGCGUACAUGGAGAAGUGUGAUGAGAAUGUACUUUGGCUGGACUACAAGAAUAUCUGCAAGGUGGUGGAUAUUGGCAGCAAAAUCUACGUAGAUGAUGGCCUGAUUUCCCUGCAGGUUAAAGAGAAAGGUGCUGACUUCCUCAUCACUGAAGUGGAGAAUGGCGGCAGUUUGGGCAGCAAGAAGGGUGUGAACCUUCCUGGGGCCGCAGUGGACCUGCCUGCCGUCUCCCAGAAGGACAUCCAGGACCUGAAAUUCGGCGUGGAGCAGGAUGUGGACAUGGUGUUUGCUUCCUUCAUCCGGAAGGCAGCUGAUGUCCAUGAAGUCAGGAAGGUCCUGGGGGAGAAGGGCAAGAACAUCAAGAUCAUCAGCAAGAUUGAGAACCAUGAGGGAGUCCGCAGGUUUGAUGAGAUUUUGGAAGCUAGCGAUGGCAUCAUGGUGGCUCGGGGUGACCUGGGCAUUGAGAUCCCUGCAGAAAAAGUCUUCCUGGCCCAGAAGAUGAUGAUUGGAAGAUGUAACCGGGCUGGAAAACCUGUUAUCUGUGCCACCCAGAUGUUGGAGAGCAUGAUCAAGAAGCCCCGCCCAACCCGAGCUGAAGGCAGCGAUGUGGCCAAUGCGGUCUUGGAUGGAGCAGACUGCAUCAUGCUCUCUGGGGAGACUGCCAAGGGAGACUAUCCCUUGGAGGCCGUCCGCAUGCAACAUGCCAUCGCCCGGGAGGCAGAAGCCGCCAUCUAUCACUUGCAGUUGUUUGAGGAGCUCCGUCGCCUGGCCCCCAUAACCAGCGAUCCCACCGAGGCCACGGCCGUGGGUGCCGUAGAGGCUUCCUUCAAGUGCUGCAGCGGGGCAAUUAUCGUACUCACCAAGUCUGGAAGGUCUGCUCACCAGGUGGCCAGAUACCGCCCCCGGGCUCCCAUCAUCGCCGUGACCCGUAACGGGCAGACGGCCCGCCAGGCCCACCUGUACCGCGGCAUCUUCCCCGUGCUGUGCAAAGAACCCGUUCACGACGCCUGGGCAGAGGAUGUGGACCUCCGGGUGAAUCUGGCCAUGAAUGUUGGCAAAGCUCGUGGAUUCUUCAAAAAGGGUGACAUCGUGAUAGUCCUCACUGGGUGGCGUCCUGGGUCGGGCUUCACCAACACCAUGCGUGUGGUGCCAGUUCCGUGAACACGGACUCAGAUCCACAGCUCCUGGCACGCCCUACUUCUCCCCCCAGUUCAUCCUUCCCCCCCCCCACUCCCUUCAUCUACUUCUAGCCCCUUCCUCCCAUUAGGCCAGUGACUGCUUGCAGUGUUUUUCCUUCGUGGCUGUAGGUGGCUCCAGGCUGCUAGCGCAGCAGGGAAGUGCUACAGCAUCAGGAAAGCAAGGUUAAAUUCUCUCCCAGAAGAAACGUUAAACUUUAUAGGCUGAAUGCUUUCCUCCUGUCCCACUUCCUUGGUCCCCUCCUCCUCUGAGCCCUUGGUGAAUGUUGGAGGCAAACUGGGAAACUCCGGCCUGGUGUUGAAACUAGUGCUGCUGAGCUUGUUGGCUGAGUAUUACUGGACAUGAGCGCUGUGCCGUCACGACACUCUCCGCGGGAACAACAUUUGUUGACAGUUCUGGUCUUACCUGUUUCAGCACAGCACCCUUCCUUAGGGCUGCCGGAGAACAGCUUCAUGCUCAUUAGCUCAUCGUGGUGUCUGACCUCUUCUCCCCAUUGCCAUUUCCAAACAAAGCCCAAGCCCCAGGCUGGGCUCCUUCUCUGGUUUAGGGAUGCAUCCAUCACCUGGUCUACCAGCUAACUAGGCAGCGGGCCAGCUACCUGAAUUAAGUCUCCCUGUGUCCUCCCUGUUGCUUCACCAGGUGGGCCCAGUCCGUACACUCCUGAACUUAAAACAGAGUGGGAAACCGUCGGCUUUAGAAAGGCACCAGUGGCGACAAAUGAGAUGGGUACCCACGGGACUUAGUAUCGGAUGGCAGAAGCUCGAGCCAGUUGUGCCAGCCAGCAAGUUCUACUGGUACUGAUCUGAAUAGACGCACAUCAGGGCGGGUGUUUGGCCCAGCCUUUAGAUACUCCAGGGAAACCACUCUUGGUUCCUUCUUCUGAGUCACUUUUCGAGGGCGGGAGGAGGGGGAGACAGCCCCCCCAGGAGAGCCAGAACAAUGUGCUCUAGCUUCACCGUAUUUUCCCGUAGCACUGCCCGUUUCCAAGCCGCUGUCUAGAUCUCUGUGCGCUCCUACCAGCCAUACUGUCCGUACGUCUGUCCGUGUCAGUCGAGUAGCCACAUUUCCUGACCACUCCUGUUGUAAUUCUGGACAAAAUGUGUUGUUCCUCACGUUCCGGGCUGUAAAACUCAACUGUGUCCGUCAAUAAAGGAAAGCUGAAGCACC